GGCAGAAAUGAAAAAUAAUACUUGGAAGAUUAGAUUAGGCAAUAAUAAAUUUUAGAAUCUAUGGGCAGUUCUUGUACAUCAAACACGGAUUGAAACUUCAUCGGUAAGAAAAGAAAUCACGGCUCUGAAGUUGGUCUCAAGGAACACGCAUCAGGUUUGAAAUUCCAAGUUUGGGAUACGUUCAUACUCUCGACAGAUCAGAAUUGGAAGAUUUUGAUACCCAAUAUGGACGGCCCCCCUGCGGGCGAUAUCUGUUCGAUCUGCCAUGGAAGAUUCAACACCCCUUGCCAAGCUAACUGCUCGCACUGGUUCUGCGGAAGGUGCAUAAUGCUUGUUUGGGAUCAUGGAUCACCGCUGCAGCCAUGUAAAUGCCCCUUAUGUCGCCGACAGAUCACUUUAUUGGUUCCUUCUGAGGCUUCAGCAACGCAGCAAAGUGACCCUGAGGUUGCUCGUGUUCUUAACAAUAUAAGGAAUUAUAACCGUCAUUUUGGUGGCAACUCAACUGGUUUAAAUCAGCGGCUGCAAGACCUUCCUUUUCUCUUACGGAGAUUGCUUCGGGAACUCCUCAAUCCACAGAGAUCUCUUCCUCUUGUCAUUAGAGCACGUGUUUACACUGCAAUGUUUCUAAGUGUAGUCUACACUGUGAGUCCCAUCGAUAUCAUACCCGAAGCAUUACUAGGGUUAUUUGGACUGAUGGAUGAUGCCUUUAUACUGCUCAUCUGCUUCCUUUAUGUUGCUGCUUUAUACCGAUCGGUACUCCAUAAUCGCCAUGGAGGAACUUGAGUUGUCCUUGCAGCUUUGCCAUAACUGUGUUUGCAAGUUGCUGACCGAGGUGGGGAGCGUUCAAGAGCUAUGUGAUCAUAGAGAAGGUCGUUUUGAAACGUCGUUUGUAUUUCGUUUUGUAAUUGUAUCCCCAACCCAUUUUUUUUAUUUGUAAUAAAAUUGAACAUAGUCUUAUAAUUGAAUUUUA